UCCUUAGCCAUAAAAGGGCUCCUGGCCCCGCCUGGGUCAUUGACAGGGGCUCUGUCGUGCUCAGCAUGGUUCGUCUCGUAGCUCUGCUUCUCCUGGGGGUGGCCGUGUGCGUGGCACAGCCCCGGGGUCGGAUCCUGGGCGGGCAGGAAGCCGGGGCCCACCAGCGGCCCUACAUGGCAUCGGUGCAGGUGAACGGUACCCAUCGGUGUGGUGGCGUCCUGGUGGCAGAGCAGUGGGUGCUGAGCGCAGCACACUGCCUGGAAGAUGCGGCCUAUGCCAGGGUGCAGGUGCUCCUGGGCGCACACUCGCUGUCGCAGCCCGAGCCCACCAAGCGCUGGUACGACGUGCUCCGCGCCGUGCCCCACCCGGACAGCCGGCCCGACUCCAUCGACCACGACCUCCUCCUGCUGCAGCUGUCCGAGAAGGCGGCGCUGGGCCCCGCCCUGCGGCCCCUGCCCUGGCAGCGCGAGGACCGCGACGUGGCGCCCGGCACGCUCUGCGACGUGGCGGGCUGGGGCGUGGUCAGCCACGCGGGGCGCCGGCCCGACCGCCUGCAGCACGUGCUCCUGCCCGUGAUGGACCGCGCCACCUGCAACCAGCGCGCCUACCUCGACGGCGCCGUCACCGAGCGCUUGAUGUGCGCCGAGAGCAACCGGCGGGACAGCUGCAGGGGCGACUCGGGCGGCCCUCUGGUGUGCGGGGGCGUGGUCGAGGGCGUGGUCACGUCGGGCUCGCGCGUCUGUGGCAACCGCAAGAAGCCAGGCCUCUACACGCGGGUGUCCAGCUACUCGACUUGGAUUGACAGCAUUCUAGCAGGGCGGGGAGACUCGAACGGAACCUACGAGCUGCCGCCGACGAUGACGACGACGGCGGCACUUGGGCCCCGACCUUAAUGGCAGGCAAGCCUUUAAUCCUAGC